AUGCCUCACAGCCUCCACCACCUGAACUGGGUGCUUCCCGUUCGCAUCGUCCAGGCCGUCUUCGCAAUCAUCAUCCUCGGUCUGACAGCAUAUGCCAUCAACGUCGAACUCGAAUGGUCAUGGUACUCCUCCAACACCAUCAAUUUCGACCUCUUCAACUCCAUCUGGACCCUCCUUGUGGCCCUCCCAUACCUGUCGCUGGUGCCCAUCUUCUUCGCAAACCUGUCGCACCACUAUGCUGUGUUGGUGAUUGAGAUUGUUACCAUGAUUUUCUGGUUUGCGGGGUUUAUUGCGCUGGGUGCUUCGUUACCGCCUCCCAGGGCGUGCCAUGGAAAUUUUUGCAGUUCGUUGCAGGCUGCUACUGUGUUUGGGGCUUUUGAAUGGUUGCUAUUCGCCAUUACAACUGCAUUUACGAUUCGUCUUGCUCUGCAGCCAAGGAAUACUACCACUGCAGUUCAUGCUGACGUCUGA